UUCAAAUUUGGCGCGGUUUCUAGCCUUUUCAUGUCUGCGAGAUAACCCAUUCUCCAUCAUCUCUCUCUCCUGUAGGAGUGAGUAGUGACUGACUAGAAGAAACAAGCCCAGAAGCAGAGAAGAAUCAGACACAGACCACCAUAGUAACUAGUUAAGAUGGUGCUUCUUCGACAGCAACAAGCCCCUUCGCGUAAAAGACCCUCCUCCUCCUCCCCCUUCGUUCCACCGUUCCCUCCUCCCAAAUCCGCCAAAACCCUGCAGCAAUACGAUGUCCUGGAAACCGCCCCUGCAGUAGACACCAUGGUGUCGGUUCUGGCAGACGCCGGGUGCACCCUCAUCAACCCGGCGGGCCCACCUUGCCUCCCCUCCGAUCCCCACCAGUUCCGCCGCCGCCUCCACCGCCUCUUCUCCUCUUCCCAAAAUGCCCCUUCUCUCCGCUCCGAUUUCCUCUCCGGCUUCUCUUCCUACAUCCAUUCCCCUCCUAAUCUUCGCAGAGUUCUCAUUUCUAUAAAUCCUGAUGGUCUUAGUUCCACCAGAAGUGAGAGCAUUGCCCGACAUCUCUUACUGGUCCCAUCUGUCCAACUAGACCUUCAGAGCAUGCUCCUUGAGAAACUUCCAGAAUAUUUUGAUGCAUGUCCAGAACAUUCAGGAGCGUCAUUAUCACUUGAAGAUGAUGUUGCUAGGCUUAUUAUUAAUCAGUUUCGGUGGCUUGAUUUUAUUGUCGAUCACAAUGUCUUCACUAAUAAAUUGAUGCAAGUCCUCUCGAUUUGCCCUUCACACUUGAAGAAGGAGAUCAUUGGAUCAUUGCCCGAGAUUAUUGGUGAUCAAAACAAUAAGAUUGUGGUUGAGGGCCUGGAACAAAUGCUUCAAGAGGAUUCCACUAUCAUUGUACCAGUGCUUGACUCUCUUUCAAACCUUAAUCUGGAUGAUCAGUUGCAAGAACAGGUAAUUACCAUUGCAUUAUCAAGCAUCCGAACAAUUGAUGCCGAGCACAUGCCAUAUCUACUUAGAUUUCUGCUGCUUUCAGCAACACCAGUGAACAUUCGGAGAAUAGUCUUACAUAUUCGUGAGCAGUUAAAAUUUGUUGGACUAUCAAAUUCUUGUGCAUCACAACACAACAAACUCAAAGGAAAGUCACUAGUAGACAACACAGAGGCUUCUAUUCUCGAUGCCUUAAGAUCAAGUCUACGAUUCAGGAAUUUUCUCUGUCAGGAGAUUUUGAAAGAAUUGAACUGCCUCGAGAAGCCUCGGGAUCACAAAGUCAUUGACAUAUGGCUCCUUGUGCUCAUAUAUGGUAAUGGUGAGUCCCUGCAGAAGAGCAUUGAAAAGAUGUUCAAGAAGAAAAUUAUUGAAGAUUGCAUUCAGGAAGUUAUGCUCAACCAGUGCAUAUGUGGGAAUAAGGAAUUGGUUCAGGAUUAUUUCCCGUCGUUUCUUUCCUUGUCUGAGUACCUGUUGGCUUGCAAAGAACAAAGAGCUCGGGAGUUUGGCAUUCACAUGUAUAUUUGUCUGUUCGAAGAGUUCCUUGAUAAUUAUUCAAGACAGGAAGUUCUUGGGGCACUAGUUACCCAUGUUGGAUCUGGUGUAAGUUUUGAAGUGCAGUCUGCUUUGGAGACCAUGGUUCUGCUGGCCUCCAAAUAUGCACAUGAUUUGCUUCCUCUUUCUUGUCACAUAAAUGGUAUUUUGGAUUACUUGGAGGGAUUUAGUGUUGAGAAUUUACACAAGGUUUAUGAGGUUUUUAGCCAUUUAUCACUUUCAGCUCGAUCAAAUUCAGCUUCGUUUGGAUCUUCUGUUGCAAAUGAACUAUUAAUGAUCAUAAGAAAGCAGGUAGGCAAUCCAGAUCCAAAGUUUAAGAAGAUGGGCUUAAUUGGAACUCUGAAGCUAGUUUCUUUUAUGGGAGAUAAAAGUAGUGUUUCCUAUGGCUCCACAUCUCAGAAAUCAAAUUGUGAAGAGGCAUUGGAACUUCUGAAAGCUUCACUGGAGUCUUGCAGACGGUACCCCUUACCAUUGAUACUGUUUUAUGAUGAACUGACCGCAAUGUUGGACAAUGGAGCUCUUCAUACGUCAAUUAUGGAGCUGAUUGUGAAACAUGUAGGAGAGUUUGAAUCUGUUUUUCUGUCCGAUCUUGAUGGUGGGAAAAUGCCUUUGAAGGAAUCAUAUUGUGGUUUAGAAGGUGAAUUGUGGAUGAACUUGGACGGUGAUAUAUCUCCUGUUUGUUUGAACAUUUUUCCAUUGGCUUCCUCUUCCCUGCAGUCAGCUUCCUUGCAGUUUCUUCCUGCUAACUUCCUCUUACUAUCCACUAUUGAGAGGUCAACAAAUCAAGGAUCUCUUGAAGGAAUUGAUGCUCUACUUGGCUGCCCUUUACACCUUCCUUCAUCUAAGUACUUCUAUGGAGCUGGCUGGAAAUCUUUAACAGGGAAGCAGAAACAAAUCGUGUGCCUAUCUCUCUACUAUGCCGCAAAUUGGAUAAGGGAACUGCUCAACGCCUUUUGUACAGUAGUGGGAAGGAUUGCAUGUACAAGUCAAGCUACAAAGGAUGACACUGUUUGUAAGCUAUUGAAUCGUUUAAGGAAUCUUGUAUAUUUGGAGAUCUUAUUGAACAAUUCCAUUGAACAACACCCUAUAUUGCUGCCUGAGCUUCAUUGUUAUGUUGAUCAUUUUGGAUCUUCACUCCUAAACCAUUCUAACCAUACGGGGCAUGUCGAAAAGAACAAUCAACAGAAGACACAAGAGUGCACCUUGCCUAAGAGCAAUAGAAGAGGCAAGAAGAUAUCAAAAGCCCCAAGCUCAGAUACCAAUAGAAAACUCCAGCAGCCCACAAUAUUGGAUGUGCUGAAGAAAGCAGGAGCUAUGACUAGCCAAGAAGUGCCAAAUAAGGAGUCUUCUGGUCUAAUUUCACAGGGAAGCUCAUCCAAGUCACAAGAUCAAUACCUCUGUGACCCUGAUAAGCUGGUAACUGUUGAUGUUUCUCCAGUUGCCAAAGCUCUGGAAACGCAGAGAUACAAAUUCAGGCCUCUUCUGGUUCAAUGCUUUUCCAUUUUGACAUUUUCAGAGUUACCUCUAUUUUUGUAUCUUCUGCGGGAUCUUCACUACAAGCUGGAUUAUUUCACUCCAGCCAAACAAUUAUUGGCUAGAAGCCCAAGUCCCCCAGCUGGGUUCACCAGGAUGGCAGUCAAUGAAUUCUUGACCAAAAUCACACCACUCUUUCCAAGUCUUCGGAAGCAUUUCAACAGUGCACUGUUUAUACUAAGAGGAAGUGAUGAAACCUGUCAAGAGCAUUGGAAUGUUCAUUCUUCUUCUGCUGAGAACCCAGAUGUACCCAAUCUUGUGCUUUCAAGAUCUGCAGUUUCUAUGUCUACUUUCAAAGAAACACUUCAUUGUUUCAGGAAGAUGCUAAGUCUUUCUUCUAUUCAGAAAGAACAUAGAAUUCUGUCAGAUCUGCUUGAAGCAUUCCAGCCCAUCAAGUCACCCGAUGCUGUUUUAUCAGACAUAUGUUCCAACGUUUCACAAGGGACUUUGGAAUAUUUAUAUUUAGGGGCUUAUUCAUACAUUGAAAGUAUCUUGGACAUAGUAUGCUCCUUUUCCUUCAUGCUGGCAUCAGAAUCUCUUCUUACUCUAGAAUCAACUGUAAACUCGUUCCAGAAAUUUCUUGAUAAGUUGGAUGAAAAUGGUAAAAGUAGACACUCUGAUUUUAUCCAUGGUGUUCUUCCUACCUUAAGAAGCAGACUUGGAGCUUCUGCUCAAAAGCUUUUAAGGCAGAACUGGGACAACAGCCAAGUUCUGAGUGUUUGGAAGAAUAAAGGAGAUAUUCUAGAAAAAAUAUUGCAGAUUUACUUGGAAAAUAGUGAGUCAACUUCUGAUUUGCUGGAUGACCUUGCCUGCUCUGUACUGCCUCAGGUUUCUUCAAGAAAGGAAGAAGAUGAUCUUCAUGGUUUUCCAACUCUAUGUUCUGCAACGUUUGUUGUUUGGUACAGAGUGCUGCAUGAAGAGAAUCUUACUGUUCUUAACAAAUUGGUUAAGGAAGUUGUUCUCUUAGAGAAACUCAGAGCUAGUGUUCAACUUCAAACUGUUGAAGAGCUUUUGGUCAAACUGCAACAUUCUGUGAAGGUGGUGGUAUCAUUGGUUAACAUGUGCAGAAAACAUCACAAGGUAACUGUGCAUGCCAUGGCUGUCAAGUAUGGUGGGAAGUUUGUUGACUCUUUUUUAAAAGUUUUUGACUUCUUACAGGCCCACUUCAAUAUGUUCAAUGAGCUUAUUAUCCACUUGGUGAAAGAGCUUCAAAAGGCCACAAGAAUGAUACAGACACUAUGUUCUGAAGCAAAGGGCUUGAAACAAACAGUUAUCACCAGCAAAAUCCCGGCUACAAAGAGAUCUAUGGAACGCUUCUUGUUUUGUGUCAAGGCUUUGCUCCACACAACAUCAAGUGGAUGCUCUUUCUGGAUGGGGAAUCUAAAGCAUAAAGACUUGAUGGGGCAGGUGGUGAGCUCGCAGGCAUAUGUGGACGAACAAAAUAACCAUGUUGUAGAAAAUUCAGCAGAUGAUGAUGAUGAACCUGCCAUUGUUGCUACUGAAGAUUGCAGAGAAGUAGAGUAAUUAGUGACUUAGUUCCCUCAAAGUGUUAAGAACCCGUGUAUAUGUGUCUGCUGCUGCUUCUUCAACCCAAAUUGCAAAGAAAGAAAGAAUCAAUGUAAAAAAAAAAGAAAAAGAAAAAUGAGAAUUCAAGAAGAUGAUACUUCUGGUUUUCGAGGAACCAGAGCCUCCAAGAAUGCAAAUUGCAUUGAUAUAUUUUCUUCA